ACGCAGCUUUAUGAACUGUGUAUGAACUACAUUGUUUACAUUUCCUUUCCAGUGGUCGUCUGAUUGUCUGAUGCCAUGCUUGGCCGAUUGUGUAGUUGUUGCAUUGUCUAUUUGUAAAUUUAUUUCAAUUUAAGAUUUUUAUAUCAAUGAAAAAUGACAGAAAAUGAUCCAAAACCACGAGAAUUCAAGUUGGAUGCUGAUUCUGAACUUCGAUUUGAAAUUGAAUCGAAAAAUGAGAAAGUUCUUUUAGAGUUGAAAAAUGGAUUAGGAGAGAUUUUCGGUACAGAGUUGGUUAAGGGAAAAAAGUAUGAAUUCCUUCCAGGCGCAAAAGUGGCAAUUUUCACAUGGCACGGUUGUACGAUUGAAUUAAUCGGCAAAACUGACGUGACUUAUAUUGCCAAGGAAACACCAAUGAUAAUAUAUUUGAACUGCCAUGCAGCCUUGGAGCCUAUGCGAGAUAUUGCAGAAAAGGGAGAAUCUCAGGGACCAAUUACUAUGAUUGUCGGCCCUUGCAAUGUCGGAAAGUCCACUUUGAGUAAAAUUCUGUUGAAUUAUGCCGCCAGAAUGCACAGGAGGCCGAUUUUCGUGGAUUUGGACGUGGGUCAAGGUCAGAUCAGCAUCCCUGGAACAAUUGGAGCCUUACUAGUCGAGAGACCUGCCAGUGUUACAGAAGGAUUUAGUCAACAAGCGCCUCUAGUUUUUCACUUUGGUCACAAUUCUCCUCAAUAUAACAUUGAGUUGUACAAUUUAAUCGUCACUAAAUUGGCGAAAGUGUGUAGAGAUCGCCUUCAAGCUAAUAAAAAGGCAAGAGCUUCUGGCGUAGUCAUCAAUACUUGUGGAUGGGUUAGAGGCGAUGGAUACAAACUGUUGACCCACGCUGCCCAGGCCUUCGAAGUCGAUGUGAUACUAGUUUUGGACCAGGAGAGGUUGUACAAUGAAUUGAAAGACGACAUGCCCGAUUUUGUGAAGGUUGUACAUUUGCCCAAAAGUGGAGGUGUUGUGGAAAGAGGACAAUCACAACGAGCAGAGACUAGGGACGCAGCGGUAAGAGAAUACUUUUAUGGAUUGAGAACACCACUUUACCCUCAUAGCCUUGAGAUUAAAUUUUCAGAAGCGAGGCUCUAUAAAAUCGGAGCUCCGAUUUUGCCAACUUCCUGUAUGCCAUUAGGAAUGACGGCGGAUGAAAAUAUGACAAAAUUAGUUGCAGUUUCGCCUGGACCGAAUCUCUUGCAUCAUCUGUUGUCAAUCUCAUUUGCAAAUUCAAAUGAAGAUGACGUUAUUCAAACAAAUGUAGCUGGUUUUGUUUGCGUAACAAAUGUGGAUGUUGAGAGGCAGACGCUAACUGUUCUAAGCCCUCAACCUAAGCUACCUCAGACAGUAUUGUUGGUUUCCGACAUACAAUUUAUGGACAGUCACUAGGACUUUUAUUACAAGUACUGGUACAAAUAUUAAUUACAAGUUAAAUGUAAUAUAUAUUUUAAUAAACAAAAACAUUUCUACGUUUUAAAAAA